AUGCAAGAAAAUGAAGAAUUACCUGCUGAGUUGGUAGACCUUUAUAAGGUUUCAUUUAUUUCACAAAUGCUUGAAGAUCUUUUAGUUGAAGAGAUGUUUGUAAACAAUGAUUAUAAUAGCGAUGAUGAUAAUACAGAAUUGAGUAAUGAUAUAA